GUUUAAAGCCUUAAAAAGUCUGUUGUUUUCAGAACGUUAGUUUAUAUUUAAUAUUACUUUCCCGCUACAUACGUCAACUCCAGUUAAGAACGAAAACAUGGAUUCUUCCGGAGCUGUUACUGUCAGCAGAAGUUUUGAGCAAAAAACAACAAUCGAAAAAAGUGGAAAAUUUGAACGUACUGCUGACUUAUCAGAUUACAGAUACAGCGGCGGUGCCAAGGCAGGCACUUCGAGCUACCAACUACGCUAUGGUGGGAACCGCUUUGUUGGCGCACGGAGAAGCUAUGGGGGUCGUUCUUCAGGAGUGAUUGAAGCGCCAAUUACUCGAGUAACCGUUAGUGAUGGUUUGGAGCUUACUCCGUCACUGAUGACGUCACGAUCCGAAGAAAAAGCAGAGCUAGGUUCAUUAAAUGAUCGUUUCGUUUCUUACAUCGAUAAAGUUCGGAGUCUCACUGCAGUAAACCGGACACUGGAAAUUAAAAUUAAACAGCUUGAAGCAAACAGAGUUGUCCCGAGUAGAUCCGGUCAACUAUACGAAGCCCAACUACAUAAACUACAGCGGGAGUUGGAAAAGGCCGUCGUAGAAAAAACAAGAAUCGAAAUUGAGCUCGAAAAUUGUUACAGGGAAUUGGACGCAAUCAGACUUAAAUUGGAACGAGAAGAAGAAGAUCGAAAAUUCGCGGAGGAAGAAUCGGCAUCACUGCGCAAGGAUGUAGAUCAGGCAACACUGGCAAGAACUGAGUUGGAAACGAAGGUGGAAUCACUGCAAGAGGAACUGGACCUAGUGCGAAGAUCAACGGAUGAGGACAUCCGAGUUUUAACCGAGCAGCUCUCUAGCACCACCGUGUAUUCGGAAAAUGUUGACGAACCGACAACUGAUCUUUCGGAAUCUUUGAAGGACGUCCGUGCAGCUUAUGAACGUCUUACACAGAAGAAUAAGAUCGAAAUAGAGGGAUAUUAUAAAACUAAGAUUUCUGAUUUGCAAAAUCAACUAAAAGAAGAAGCUGGAACAAACAAAUCUUCUAAAACAGAGGUUCUUGAAUUGAGGCGACAACUGCAGAGCGUCACAAAUGAGUUAGAGUCAACAGCAAAUAAUAACUCUGCCAUCGAGACUCAAUUACAAGAGCUGGAUAUUCGUUACCACAACGAGGUCGCCGGAUAUCAACAAAAGCUCAUGGACAUGGAAGCAGAAUUGUCAUUGACACGUGAUCGCGUGGCGAGACAACUGGUCGAUUACAAUGAGUUGCUGAAUAUAAAACUUUCGCUAGAUUUCGAAAUCAAAACUUACAGGAAACUUUUGGAAGGCGAGGAGAAUAGAAUCAACGUCAGUUCGUCGUCCGUGAACUACAACGGUGAAUUAUCUACUGAAGGUGACGUCAUCAGCAAGGUGGUCACCGUGGAGGAGCGAAAAGUUGUGAUUCGGAAAGAGAGUGAAAACGACGAAAAGAACUCUUCCAGCAGCUCGUCGUCGUCUUCAUCGGAGUCGGAGAGUGAGAUCUAAUGACGUCACGAGGGGUGACGACAUAGGGUGAACCUGUACUGCACAAAAAUUCAACCUAAAUUUGUUAAAAAAUUGCCAGUAAAUCAUUUUCAGAUUAAAAAUUUCUGGCAUCAACAGCAUAUUUGUAAAAAAAUGUAUUGUUUUGAAAAGCAUGGUAAAUUUGUAUAGAUUUUGUAAAAUUGGUUAAACGAAUUCGGGAAAAUCUGUUGUUUCGCUUCGCGCUUAGUGUUUUCGCUUAAUUUGUAAUUUAACCGCAAACCAUGGCAGAAUAUUAGCUUACUGCAAUUUAAGGCUUUGCCGCAUACGAUGUAUAACCAUUAUCGCUAUUAACUAAAAUCAAUGUAACCUUUGAAAAAAGAAAAAUAUUGUGAUUU